AACUUUUAUAUGGUCACUUGACCAUUGAAACAAAAGACAAAGGAUUUCAAGUUUUCGUUCCUGUUAGUGCAAAAUAAUAAUAAUAAUAAUAAUAAAAAUCGUUAGGUACAAUCUCGGAUUUUUUUGUCUUUGUAGAUUGCUAGGACUGAAAGCCAAGAAUUCAAGCAUCAUACACAAUUAUAUAUUCUGAUUUUCAUACAUAUAUCAAGAAACAUGAUGUCAAAAUGUUUCAGCUUUACAGCAUCCCGGGAUUGGUUCUACCGCUACUCAUUCGCCAAGGCCGGUCUUCGUGCCCACUCCGCUAAUCUUGGAGAUGGCACCAUUAUGCAUUGUUGGGUACCAAGAAUCAUCAAAUCAUCGAAACCCAGUCUUCUGCUUCUCCAUGGCUUUGGAGCCAAUGCAAUGUGGCAAUAUGGUCAGCAUCUCCAUAUCUUCACAUCACGUUUCAAUGUCUAUGUUCCGGACCUUCUUUUCUUCGGUGAGUCCUACACAUCCAGGCCUGAAAGAACCGAGUCUUUCCAGGCUCAAUGCGUUAUGAGGCUAAUGGAGGCACAUGGGGUGCAUAGAAUGAAUCUUGUUGGGAUCAGUUAUGGAGGAUUUGUGGGGUAUAGCAUGGCUGCACAGUUUCAAGAGAAAAUAGAAAAAGUUGUGUUGUGUUGUGCUGGGGUUUGCUUGGAAGAAAAGGAUAUGGACAAUGGUUUGUUUGCUGUUCCAAAUUUGGAUGAAGCAGCCAGCAUUUUGUUGCCACAGACAGCAGAGAAAUUGAGGGAGUUGAUGCGGUUUUCGUUUGUCAAACCUGCCAUAGGCAUACCGUCUUUCUUUCUCACAGAUUUUAUUGAUGUCAUGUGUACAGAUUAUGUUAAGGAGAAGAGGGAAUUGAUCCAAGCCAUACUUCAUGGUCGAAACCUUUCUGUUCUACCAAAGAUCACACAGCCAACAUUAAUAAUAUGGGGAGAGAAAGAUCAAAUCUUCCCUGUGGAAUUGGGGCACAGAUUGAAAAGGCAUGUGGGAGAAAGUUCUCAGUUAGUGAUCGUUAAGAAUGCAGGACAUGCAGUUAAUUUAGAGAAGGCCAAGGAAUUUGCUAAGCACUUAAAAUCAUUCCUCAUUGAUUCAGCCGCAUCUCCAUCUCCAUCUCCAGGAUCCUUGACAGAUUUCAUCCACGACAAGAAUGAAGGAUGAGCAUUUGCUUAAAACAGGAACCUAUUAUACUUUGCAAAAAUGGUCAAGGCUUGGCCAAGGAUUAAGGAGGCUCUGAAUUCAAGUCCUAUUUUUGGACAGCUUAUGUUUUUCUAGUUCUUGUGGGCUAUCAGUUGUGGAAUCUCUAUUCGAAAAAACAUGGUGGAUCUUGGUUGAUCAAGGCCUGGUGUGAUUCACAUGGCUACUUUUGAGCAUUUCCCUUUCCUUGUAAAAAUAAAAUAAAAGGAAGCUGUCACGUACUGUUUCAAUAGGCUGAGGAUGAUAUUGGAGUAGAAAUUACUGAUAUUUGUUUCUUAAAUGUAAUCAUCAAGAGUGAAUGUACUUGGAGGAAUAUUGAAGACUUCUCCAUCAAGGAAAAUUCUAUCACCAAUUCCUUCUUCUUCUUCUUUAGAAAACACCUUAUUAGUUUACAAUUAUUAAA